AAUUUUUUCCUAGGGGUUUGGCAUUGUCAUUGAUAUACUUUGCUUAAUUUGCCAAAGGCAUGGUAGCAGUUGGAUGGGUCUUUGAGAUUAUAGACAGAGUUCCUAAUAUAGAUCCUUACAACGCUGAGUGGAGGACACUAUCUAGUGUUCGAGGAAAGAUUGAGUUCAAAGGUGUUACUUUUGCUUACCCUUCUCGUCUUGAGAGUACAAUUCUUCGUUCUCUUAAUCUGGUUAUUCCUCCUUCAAAGACCCUUGCAUUGGUUGGCACCAGUGGAGGUGGCAAGUCAACCAUCUUUGCUCUUAUAAAGAGGUUCUAUGAUCCUGUUAAGGAUGAGCCCACUAGUGCCUUGGAUCCUCAAUCUAAGAUAGUUGUACAACAAACCAUUGACAAGAUUUCUAUUGGAAGAGCAACUAUUGUCAUUACUCAUAGGCUGGCAACAGUAAGAAAUGCAAAUGCCAUUGCUAUUCUUGAUAAUGGCUCAGUUUUUGAGAUUAGUGACCAUCGACAACUCAUGGAAAGAUCAGGGCCCUACUGCAACCUUGUCAAGCUUACUUUUGAAGCUAUUUCAAAACCAAAGAACACAAUAGGAAAGGACACUGGGGUUUCCAUUCAUGAGAAAUCACUUAACAAUGUAUCAAAAUCACAGUAUGCUGCUGGGGGAAGAUAUGGAGACUACAAAAGACCAGAGAUUCCCAUGCUAUUACUUGGUUUCGUCAUGGGUAUUUUUGCAGGAGCAAUUUUAUCCAUCUUUCCAUUGAUUUUAGGCCAAGCACUUCAGCUUUGCUUUGAUAAGUCAUCAACACUAAAAAGAGAAGUUCAGUACCUUUGCUUAAUUCUUGUUGGGCUAGGAAUUGGGUAUAUAAUUGCCAUGCUUAGGCAACAAGGCUUUUGCGGUUGGGUUGGAACAAAGCUUACAAAGAGGGACAGAGAUCUCUUGUUCCGCUCAAUACUAAAACAAGAACCAAGUUGGUUUGACUAUGAAGAGAAUUCCAUUGAGGUCCUUGUUUCAAGACUCUCAGUUGAUUGUCUUAGUUUUUGAUCAGUUCUUGGUGAUAAAUUCUCAAUGUUGCUUAUGGGAGUGAGUUCAGCUGCUGUUGGGCUCGGCGUGUCAUUUUUCCUUUAAAGGAGACUUGCCUUCUUAGCUACUUCUCUUACUCCUUUUACUCUUGGGGGAAGCUACGUGAACUUGAUCAUCAAUGUUGGACCAAAGCUAGAAAACAAUGCCUAUGCCAAAGCUAGCAAUAUCGCUUUCAAUGUAAUUUUAGAUAUAAGAAAAAUAACCACAUUUU